AUGAGCGGGCCGAUGCGGGCACCUGCGGGGCUCUUCCAACUCCUGCUCCUGUGGCUGCUCCCCUGGGCGCCCCGGGCCGAGCCCGCGCGAUCCCGAGCCCCGCCGCCCUGCCCCUCCGUGUGCGAGCCCACGCGCUGCCCGCCUCUGCCCAGCUGCUCGGCGGGGGCGGCGCCCGUGCUGGACGGCUGCGGCUGCUGCCGCGUGUGCCCGGCGGCCGAAGGCGAGGCGUGCGGCGGGGCGCGGGGCCGGCCGUGCGGCCCGGGCCUGCAGUGCGGCGCGGGCACCUGUGUCUGCCCCGAGGCGCGCGCUCCGGUGUGCGGCAGCGACGGGCGCACCUACCGCAGCCUGUGCGAGCUGCGGGCUGAGAACCGCGCCGCGCGCCUCCGGGGAGCGCCGCCCGCCGUGCCCGUGCAGAGGGGCCGCUGCGCCCAGCCCGGCGCCCGGAGCGCGGGCCGGCUGCGCAGCAAGUUCAACUUCAUUGCCGCGGUGGUGGAGAAGGUGGCGCCGUCUGUGGUUCACCUGCAGCUGUUCCGCAGGUCGCCUCUCAGUGGCAAGGACAUUCCUGUGUCCAGUGGCUCUGGAUUCAUAAUAUCUGAGGAUGGGCUCAUUGUCACCAACGCACAUGUACUCACCAACCGGCAGCGGAUCCAGGUGGAGCUUCAGAGUGGGGCCCAGUAUGAAGCAACCGUCAAGGACAUUGACCAUAAAUUGGAUCUUGCACUGAUCAAGAUUGAGCCAAAGGCUGAACUUCCUGUACUGCUGCUAGGCAGCUCAUCUGACCUGCGGGCUGGAGAGUUUGUGGUGGCCUUGGGCAGCCCGUUUUCUCUGCAGAACACGGUGACUGCAGGGAUUGUCAGCACUACACAGCGCGGAGGCAGAGAGCUGGGGCUGAAGGAUUCGGACAUGGACUAUAUUCAGACCGAUGCCAUCAUUAAUCACGGGAAUUCUGGGGGGCCUCUGGUGAACCUGGAUGGUGAUGUGAUUGGCAUAAACACACUGAAGGUGACUGCAGGAAUCUCCUUUGCAAUUCCUUCUGAUAGAAUUAGACAGUUCCUGGCAGAAUACCAUGAGCGCCAGAUAAAAGGAAAGACUCUUUCACAGAGAAAAUAUCUGGGUCUGCGGAUGCUGCCUCUCACUAUUAACCUUCUUCAAGACAUGAAAAGGCAAGAUCCAAAUUUCCCUGAUGUGAGUUCUGGGGUUUUUGUAUAUGAAGUAAUCGAAGGAACAGCUGCUGAAAGCUCUGGGUUGAGAGACCAUGAUGUAAUAGUCAGCAUAAACGGGCAACCUGUCACCACAACAACUGAUGUUACAGAAGCUGUUAAGAACAAUGACUUCCUUUCCAUUGUGGUUCGUCGAGGAAGUCUAACUUUGAUCCUGACAGUUGCACCGGAGAUAAUCGAUUAAGUAUCUUGCUUUAAAGAGAAACCAAAGCUAUAUUACCUGGUGUGUAUUGAAGAUAUGCCAAAGAUAAGGGUUUUGCGAUUUCUU